AUGGUGAACGUUCCUAAAACCCACCAGACUUCCCAUAAGAAGUGUGGCAAGCACCUACCCCACCUACAAAGUAACAGUACAGAAGGCAAGGAUUCUCUGGAUGUGCAGGGACAUUGGCAUUAUAACAGGAAGCAGAGUGGCUAUGGUGGGCAGACUAAGCCAAUUUUCCACAAAAAGGCUACAGCUACAAAGAAGAUUGUGCUGAGGCUUGAAUGCAUUAAGCCCAACUGCACAUCCAAGAGAAUGCUGGCUAUGAAGAGAUGCAAGCAUUUUGAACUGGGAGGAGAUAAGAAGAGAUAG